AUGAGUUUUCACCCAACCUUUUAUCCGCCACCGUUUCUUUCUUUCUUUCUUUCUUUCUUUCUUUCUUUCUUUCUUUUUUUUGUCCUCAUUGGAUGUUUUUUUAUUUUCCUUUUCUCUCUCUCCCUCCCACUUUCUUUUUUUUCUUUCUUUCUUUCUUUCUUUCUUUCUUUCUUUCUUUCUUUCUUUUGUCUUCAUUCUAUAUUUCCAUCCUUCCUAUGUUCUUUUUUCUUUCUUUCUUUCUUUCUUUCUUUCUUUCUUUCUUUCUUUCUUUUGUCCUCAUUGGAUGUUUUUUUUAUUUUCCUUUUUAUCUCUCUCCCUCCCACUUUCUUUCUUUCUUUCUUUGUUUCUUUCUUUCCUUCUUUCUUUCUUUCUUUCUUUCUUUUGUCCUCAUUCUAUAUUUCCAUCCUUCCUAUGUUCUUUUUUCUUUCUUUCUUUCUUUCUUUCUUUCUUUCUUUCAUUCACACCAUGUUUUGCUUUUUUGACUUCUUUUUCCCGGCUUUCUUUUUGCUUCUUUCUUUCUUUCUUUCUUUCUUUCUUUCUUUCUUUCUUUCUUUCUUUCUUUCUCCAUCUCACUCUCACUUUCUUUCUUUCUUUCUUUCUUUCUUUCUUUCUUUCUUUCUUUCUUUCUUUCUUUCUCCAUCUCACUCUCACUUUCUUUCUUUCUUUCUUUCUUUCUUUCUUUCUUUCUUUCUUUCUUUCUUUCUUUCUUUCACACCAUGUUUUUCUUUUUUGCCUUCUUCUUUUUUCCCGUUUCUGUUCUUUUAUUUCCUUCCGGCUUUCUUUUUGCUGCUUUCUUUCUUUCGUUCUCUAUCUCUCUCUCUCUCUCUCUCUCUCUCUAUUCUUUCUUUCUUUCUUUUUCUUUAUUUCUUUCUUUCAUUCUCUCUUUGUUUAUUUAUGUAUUUCUUUCUUUUUUCUUUAUUUCUUUCUUUCUUUUGUUCUUACUUUCUUUUUUCUUUCUUUUUCUUUUUUUCUUUUCUUUCUUUCUUUCUUUCUUUCUGUACGUUCUGUCUUUGUUUCUUUCUUUUUUAUUUCGUUAUUUUUCUUUCUUUCGUUCUUUCUUUCGUUCUUUCUUUCUUUCUUUCUUUCUUUCUUUCAUACUUUCUUUCUUUUUCUUUAUUUUCACCCUUUCCUUCUUUCUUUGCUUUUGUUUCUUUCUAUAUUUAUUUUUCUUUCUUUUUAUUUUCUUUCUUUGUCAAAUGUUUAAUAUAUCCUAUAUAUAAUAUAUAUCUCCUCGAUUUCUUCCUUUCUUUUUUCUUUAUUUGUCUUUAUUUUUUCUUUCUUUCUUUCUUUCUUUCUUUCUUUCUUUCUUUAUUUCUGUAUCGUUUUGUCUUUUUUUCUUUUUCUUUUUCUUUCUUUCUUUUUUUCUUUCUUUCAUACAUUCUUUCUUUAUUUUUCUUUCUUUCUAUAUUUAUUUUUCUUUCUUUUUUAUUUUCUUUCUUUCUUUCUUUCUUUCUUUUCAAAUCUUUACUUAUUUUUCCUUUUAAUUCUUCUCACAUUUUUCUUUCUUUCAUUGCUAUGUUUUCUUUCUUAUCUCCCAAUUCGCGCAAUUGUGUUUUUACUUUCACUGUUUUUAAGCAAAUAUACUUUUCUUCUCUUUCUUUCUUUCUUUCUUUCUUUCUUUCUUUCUUUCUUUUCCCUGCUUUCUUCAAUUCGUCCUGCUUUUUUUCAUUUUUAUUUCUUUCUUUCUUUCUUUCUUUCUUUCUUUCUUUCUUUCUUUCUUUCUUUUCCUUGCUUACUUCCCUCCGUCCUGAUUUUUCAUCUUUCUUUUCUUUCUUUCUUUCUUUCUUUCUUUCUUUCUUUCUUUCUUUUCCUUGCUUACUUCCCUCCGUCCUGAAUUUUCAUCUUUCUUUCUUUCUUUCUUUCUUUCUUUCUUUCUUUCUUUUCUUUCUUUUCCUUGCUUACUUCCCUCCCAAUUUUUCUUUUCUCCAUCCUCCUUUCUUUCUAUUUAUACGCCCUUUUCUUUCUUUCUUUCUUUCUUUCUUUCUUUCUUUCUUUCUUUCUUUCUUUCUAUUUCCACGACCUUUUCUUUCUUUCUUUCUUUCUUUCUUUCUUUCUUUCUUUCUUAAUUUAACCUCCUUCUAUCACUUCGUCCAGCAAUUUUUUUUUUUCUCCAUCCUCCUUUCUUUCUAUUUCCACGCCCUUUUCUUUUCUUUCUUUCUUUUCUUUCUUUCUUUUCUUUUUCUUUUUUUCUUUUUCCCACCCUUUUCUUUUCUUUCUUUCUCUUUCUUUUCUUUCUUUCUUUCUUUCUAUUUCCACACCCUUUUCUUUCUUUCUUUCUUUCUUUCUUUCUUUCUUUCUUUCUUUUCCUUGCUUACUUCCCUCCGUCCUGAUUUUUCAUCUUUUCUUUCUUUCUUUUCUUUCUUUCUUUUCUUUUUUUCUUUCUUUCUUUCUUUUCCUUGCUUACUUCCUCCCAAUUUUUCUUUUCUCCAUCUUCCUUUCUUUCUAUUUCCACACCCCUUUUAUUUCUUUUCUUUCUUUUCUUUUUUCUUUUUUCUUUCUUUUCUUUCUUUCUUUUCUUUCUUUUCUUUCUAUUUCCACGACCUUUUCUUUCUUUUCUUUCUUUCUUUUCUUUCUUUCUUUCUUUUAUUUAACCUCCUUCUAUCACUUCCAAUUUUUCUUUUCUCCAUCCUCCUUUCUUUCUAUUUCCACGCCCUUUUUUUUCUUUCUUUCUUUCUUUCUUUCUUUCUUUCUUUCUUUCUUUCUUUUUCCACACCCUUUUCUUUCUUUCUUUCUCUCUUUCUUUCUUUCUUUCUUUCUUUCUUUCUAUUUCCACACCCUUUUCUUUCUUUCUUUCUUUCUUUCUUUCUUUCUUUCUUUCUUUCUUUCUUUCUUUCUUUAACCUCCUUCUAUCACUUCGUCCAGCAUUUUUCUUUUUUCUAUCUUCCUUUCUUUCUAUUUCCACACCCUUUUCUUUCUUUCUUUCUUUCUUUCUUUCUUUCUUUCUUUCUUUCUUUCUUUUUCUUUUCUUUCAACACCGCCAUUGAAAAUUCCAGUCUUUUACAGCGUCUUCUUCCUCCCCCUUCCAUCUCUUCCUCCCCCUUCCACCUCGUCCUCCCCCUUCCACCUCGUCCUCCAUCUUUCUCCUCGUCCUCCUCCUUUCCACCUCGUCCUCCCCUUCCACCUCGUUCUCCCCCUUCCACCUCGUCCUCCACCUUUCUCCUCGUCCUCCUCCUUUCCACCUCGUCCUCCCCUUCCACCUCGUUCUCCAACUUCCAUCUCUUCCUCCCCCUUCCACCUCGUGCUCCAUCUUCCACCUCGUCCUCCCCCUUCAGCCACGUCCUCCAACUUCCACUUUGUCGUCUCCCUUCCACCUCGUCCUCUCCUCCUCCUUUUUAG